ACGGUGCAGUCUUUCUCCCUUUCUCCCACAGUCUCGUUAGGACCACCCCACUCAGCAUGCACAACACGUUGGAGUUCGGCAGCAGGAGAAGCUUCUCAAGAUGAUGAUGUUGCCUCCAUUGCAUACUUCAGAUGUUCUUUUAGCAGCAAACUUUUGAUAUUAAUUUAGAUUGCAACAUACUGACAAAAUCCAUUGCCGUCUGGUACAUGUAUGUACUUCGUACCAUUGCCAACACGUCUACUGCUCUUUCUCUCUCUCUCUCUCUCUCUCUCUGUAUGACAUCCUCUUCGUUUCUCAUAACUCCAACCCCGCAACAAAGUGAUAGCGUUGCGCCCACACUUGCACUUGUCUCUUCCUCACUCACCAUCUAUAUAUUGGCUUGCGACUUCUCCUCUGAAAGACUGCAUCCUAUAGCGAACAAGAUGGCAAGCAGGAGAUCUCGCUCGACGCAGGCGACCUCUUCGAGGAUCACUGAUGAGCAGAUCGCUGACCUCCUGGCCAAGUUGCAAGCUUUGCUACCUGAGCACCGAAUUCGGAGCACUGAUAGGGUGUCGGCAGCUGAGGUCCUACAAGACGCAUGCAACCAUAUCAGGAGCUUGCAGCGCGAGGUGGAUGGCUUAAGCGGAAGGCUCGCACAGUUGCUCGCCAUGACCGACAGCAGCGACGCUCAAGCCGCGGUGAUCCGAAGCCUUCUCAUGUGAAUUAUCUCGUUCAUCUUUGUUCUCUGAUACAGUGAAGGUCAACUACUAGCUGUCAAUGUUCACAUCAAUACUGGUCGAUCUCGUUGACAGUCAAAACUUUUCUUUCGUUGUGGCUUGGAUUGUAUCUCUAUUAUCUUUCUUGUGACUUUGUCACCAGCCAUUAUAUGAUCUGGUAA